CAGAAAUAUGGGAAGACAUAAACGGAUACCAACAAAAAAUCGCAAAAAGCUGAAAUCUGUUGAUCCGUUCAACAAAAACGCCUCUGCACUGCGUGCUGCAGCGUUGAGUAAGGUCAACUUUGAACCAAAGGAUGACGAACAACCGAUGCCAAGAUCACUAAAAGAACUUCAGGAAAGCAAAGAACAAGCAGCUGUUGAUAAGAAGGAAGUGAAAAAGCGGAGGCAACAUAAGAACAAGGUUCUAGCUGCUGCUGAGAACGCGGGUAUCAAGAAAGGUCGCUUUGAGACAGUUGAGCACUUUGUAAGGCGAGUGGAACGCAUGACCUACGCAGCUGUGAAGGAACACGAAAUGCUGGUAAAACAAGGUCUGGUAGGACGAGCAGAGUCAGAAAUUCAAGCCGACUUCAAAUUGCUGGAGGAAAAAGAAAAGCGUCAGAAAGAGCAGAAGAAAAAUGAAAUACAGAACAAAAUUAAAGCUGCUAGACAGCUGAAGGAACAAGCAGCAAAGAUUAAGGAGGAGAAACUGAAAGCCAAAGAGGAAAGAAAACUCAAGCGAAAAGCGGAAAUCGAACCAGAGGAUGAGGAAGAGGAAAAAAAGGACGACAUUAUCGAGGGCAGCGACGGUAAUACUCAAAAGCCUAGCAGCAAUGAGGAUGGAAGUGAUGAAAAAGUGAAAAAGAAGAGGAAAAUCUUUCACUCUGAUAAAAUUCGUGAAAAGAAAAAACUGGCUGCUGAACAUGCUCGAAGUGAAGCCAUUCUGAAUCAGCGAGAAAUAAUUCCAUUUGGUGAGCGUUACGAUGCACCACCUGAGUUCAAAGGUGCGAUGAAGGAAGAAAUGAAUCCUCUUAUGGCAAAGGCUGGCAGCAAGAAAUUAUUGCUACAUUCGCUUUUGCAUAAGGAUGGCGCUAGUAAAACCGAAUAUUUGAAGGAUGAGAAACGAGAGAAACCCGGGGAAAUUGAUCGUCAACGAGUAAUCGAAGCAUAUCGAGAGUUGAAACGAAAAAAGGCGCUCAAUGCGCGGUUAACAGAAUCUUCUGCCGUGCUGUAAAAGGCUUUUUGUUAUAUGACCGUAAUAUUCUUGUAGUUUGCGAUAUCUGUCACUUCUGUGACUACAGUGAUUUUUUGAGAUUUUUUGCGAUUCUUGUGAUUACCUUCAUCCUGCAGCGCAAAAGUUCCACUUUUACAAUGUAACGGCAGUUAAAGGAGCACGGGACUCGAGGGAGUUACUGGAUUUGUAUGGCCGAAACCUAUAAUGCACACGACAUACUUGUCCACUUUAUCUUUUUGAUCCAUUUCAUCCGCUUU